AUGGAGGAUGUAAACAAACAUGUCCUUUUACUAAUUGUGACCUCCAAUCUAAUCGACUCUGCUUUGACUAAAAUUCUUGGGCUUCAAAGAGACCAAACAGCCUUGCCUUCCCCCGUUCAAUACAGAGUUUUUUAUCCAUCUCCCAAGUGCACAAUUGUAGCUUUUGUCUCUUCGCCUGACUGCACUCAAAACCCUCUUCCUGGACAAGGAGAUUUAGUUCCCUCUCCUCUCUUUGACUUCCUCUGCACCGAAGAAUACAAGUCCGUCUCCAUUAACAGAGCUGCAUUAACCCUCUUUACCUCUCUCCACGAUCAUCUCUCUGGACUAAAAACUCUGCUUGACCAUGAGAUCUCUCUCAUAGAGUCAAACUACCUGAAGAAGAAGAAGACGUUACACAUAUCCAUCUGCGUUGCAUCAUCGCAUUACCCAUUGAUCGGUUGUGAUUCAACUCUUAAUAGGAAGACAGUAGAACUGGUGUUGUUGACUGUGAUUGAAGGUCGAUUAAUCAUCACUGGGCACUCGCUGGGAGGAUCCGUUGCUUCUCUCUUCACCUUAUGCCUGCUAGAAGUCAUUAAUAUAUCAAAACCCAAAUGCUGCCCCAUUUGCAUCACCUUUGGUUCACCCCUCAUAGGCGACUUUGGCCUCCAACACUCCAAUUGGAAUUCUUUCUUCUUGCAUUCAAUAUCAUCAGAGGUUGCCGGAGGAUUGCGGGAUGUUGAUUACAGGAAGAUUUUAAUAAACCUCAAGGAGAGGGCAAUCUUCAAGGGACUUCAGCAGGUGGGUGAAAGGUUUGCAGAUCCCUUGUCAGCCGGGAUCAUCAUGGACCUUGAGAUAAUUGGAUUUGAUCAAACAAAGCUGUUGCGGCACAACAUUGAUAUCAACACUGUGAUAAGGAUACUGGGAGUGGAAGCCAGAAUCCUAACCCACAAAAAUAAAGCUUCUGAUGCCAAGAAACUGAAUGACAUAAAAAUACACAUGGCCCAGCUAGAAUGGUAUAAGAAGAAAUCAAAAGAUCUGAACAAGGGUUACUACGACUGCUUCAAAAACCAGGGGUCAAAAGGGGACAUUAAAAUUGAACAGUAUAGGGGACACCUCACAAUAUACUGGAAAGACAUGGUUGCACAAGUACAGAGGAAGCCCCAGAAGGAAGGAGCAUCAUUUCGAACCAGUUGGCUCUAUCCAGGGACAACUUAUAGAAGAAUGGUUGAACCACUGGACAUUGCUGCCUUCUACAGAGAGGGUAGAACAGACUACAUAAAGAAUGGAAGAUCUCCUCAUUACAAGCUGUUGCAGCAAUGGUAUGAGGAAGAUGUGAAGCCCCCAUCCAGAGAUAAGCUCGAUUCCAAGAAACUAAAGGUGUCUGGUAUCCUAACUGAGGAUUCUUUGUUUUGGGCACAUGUGGAGGAGGCUAUCUUGUCAUGCGAAUCGCUCAAGAGUGCAAACUCUACUCUUGAGCAGAGAAAAUCAUCAUGGGACAAUCUGGUUAAGUUUGGGGAGUAUGUAAUGGAACAGAUUGGAAACUAUGCAGUGUCCCCUGAGAUUUUCUUGGGGGAAAGCAGCUUCAUGAAAUGGUGGGGAGUGUAUGAGGACUACAUAGAUGCUUCCAAUAAUUCCUAUGGGUCACCAUUGAUCAGCUUUAUGAAGAACCGUAGUUAUCGACUGUAUGGUUAG